ACCCGCGCCUCUACAGGGGUGUGGUGGGGCGCUAUUCUCGCGACUGUUGCUUUAUCCAGCUCCUGUGCUACUGCUGUCGCGAGACUUCCUGCUCCUCCGCCUCCUUCGCCGCUCCCCCGGCCGCCGCCUUAACCCGGGACCCGGACCCAGCCUCUCCCCUACCUGAGCACCGGUCCCCCAACCCCGUCUCGCCGCCGCCAUGGCGGACCCCAAAUACGCCGACCUUCCCGGCAUUGCCAGAAACGAGCCAGAUGUUUAUGAAACCAGCGACCUACCUGAGGAUGACCAAGCGGAGUUCGAUGCGGAGGAACUCACAAGCACAAGUGUGGAGCACAUCAUUGUCAACCCCAAUGCUGCCUAUGACAAGUUCAAAGACAAGAGAGUGGGGACAAAGGGACUUGAUUUCUCUGAUCGUAUUGGAAAAACCAAGAGGACAGGAUAUGAAUCCGGAGAAUAUGAGAUGCUUGGAGAGGGUCUGGGGGUGAAGGAGACACCCCAGCAAAAGUACCAGCGACUACUGUAUGAGGUCCAAGAACUGACAACUGAAGUUGAAAAAAUCAAGACAACAGUGAAGGAGUCAGCCACUGAGGAGAAGCUGACCCCCGUGGUGCUGGCUAAACAGCUGGCAGCCCUGAAGCAGCAGCUGGUUGCUUCCCACCUGGAGAAGCUGCUGGGACCAGAUGCAGCGAUCAACCUUACUGACCCCGAUGGAGCUCUGGCUAAGCGCCUACUGCUGCAGCUGGAAGCAACAAAGAACAGCAAAGGGGCUGCCUCAGGGGGAAAGACCACAAGUGGAACCCCCACAGAGAGCAGCCUUGUCACUUACGAACUACAUUCUCGGCCUGAGCAGGACAAGUUCUCUCAAGCUGCCAAGAUUGCAGAACUGGAGAAGCGCCUGACCGAGCUGGAAGCAGCUGUACGCUGUGAUCAGGAUGCUCAGAAUCCCCUUUCUGCAGGUCUACAAGGAGCCUGCCUUACAGAAACUGUAGAGCUGUUGCAGGCAAAGGUGAGCACCCUGGAGCCUGCAGUUUUGGACCAAGUGGAGGCUCGGCUACAGAGUGUCCUAGGAAAGGUGAAUGAGAUCGCCAAACAUAAAGCCUCUGUAGAGGAUGCAGAUACACAAAGCAAGGUGCACCAGUUAUAUGAAACCAUACAGCGCUGGAGCCCCAUCGCUUCCACCCUUCCUGAGCUGGUGCAGAGACUUGUCACCAUCAAGCAGCUGCAUGAGCAAGCCAUGCAUUUCGGUCAGCUCCUGACACACUUGGACACCACACAGCAGAUGAUUGCUAAUUCUCUCAAGGACAACACCACCCUCUUGACUCAGGUACAGGUAACGAUGCGUGAAAACCUGUCCACAAUUGAGGGGAAUUUUGCCAACAUUGAUGAACGGAUGAAGAAACUGGGAAAGUGAGCCCCUUUGGGAGAUGGAGAACAGGGGUAAUACCUACCCCUUUGAACUGCUAACAUCUUACGUAGUGCUUCCCCUUAUUAUAACUCUUGCAUCCCCAUCUCAUUUGACAUUGGGGACAAGGGGUUCUUCUUGCAUGUGAGGUUUAAACCCCUCUGAUGACUAGAGUGGUAGCUGGGGGGUAUUACAAUAGAUGGUGGUCUCCCCUCAGGCUCUGGGGAUAAGGACGUGGGCCCACAUGCCAGCUUAUGUCCAGUACUGCUUUGUCUGAUGUGGGAAGGACUGGGUCCUAUUCUCCAGCACAGCUUCUGUGGCUGGGAAUAACACUGUACAACUGUUUCUGACCAUUAAAUACUGUUGUGCUCUG